AUGUCUCACCUAACCAAAUUCCCUUCACCAAUCGCAAUCACUACGGUACCUUGGAGGGGAAACGAGUGUAUCCCCCCAGCCACCGCCACCGCCGUUCACCGUAGCAAACAGGGCACACGCACCAAUGACGAGGCCUUUCGGGUGGACAUAGAGGUCUUCAGCUACCGACCAAUGCGCACCAGCGUGCAAUCGUCCCAUCGACCCGCGGACCAACCCACGCACUGUUACCGCGGCAACCCGGGCGAGGGGGGCUUGCGUGUACGACGGUUGCGCCUGUCUGUCCACGCGCUCAGUCCCCUAUUUCGACGCCAGCGUCGGCAUUGGAGGCACAGCGACACUACCGGCUGCAGCAGCGUCCGACACGUCUUCUCGCAUCGACGCAAACUCUACCUCAACAGAGUGAGAUUGGAAAUGGAGGGUUUCAAGAUCAGCGACGAUCAAGUUAGGGUUGCAACGGAGACCUUCAAGAAAUUCGACAAGCGCGGGCAGGACAAAAUCAGCACCAAUGACCUUGGUCCAGCUUUUAGUGCACUCAAGGUCUCCAUCAAGCCUGAUCUCCUCAAAGAAUGGGCUGAUGAAGUGGAUGAUGACGCCACUGGUUUCAUCGAUCUGAGUGGAUUCCUCCUGGUCUACGGAAAAAUCCUCCAAAACGAGCAGGACGAGGAAGACUUGCGGCAGGCGUUCCGUGUGCUCGACAAGAAUCGCAGAGGUGAAAUCGACGUGGACGACCUUCGAUGGAUCCUCAAAGAGUUGGGCGACGAUUUGACCGAAGAGGAGAUCGACGAGAUGAUUCGUGACACGGAUCGUGAUGGCUCCGGAUUUGUAGACUUUGAUGGAAAGAGGAGCGACACCCCUGAUUCGAGCACAUCGGCUCAAAGAACUGUCAGUCCAGUUCAAAACACUGGUCCUGGCAGUCCGAAUUCUUCCAUGGUCGCAACUAACCAUCAUCCUAUUCCACACCUUCAACACCACCAGAAUCAUCGUCCAUAUUUUCCACGUGGUCGAUACCGCGGUGAUGGUGGGUAUUAUGGUGGACACAAUCAUUUUGGUGGGCAUCAUCCAAACCUCAAUCGUAGAACCUCACCACCGAUUCAUGGUCCUCCGUUUUCGAAAGACCUUGUUGAUUUCAUGAUGAAGGAAUGGGAUCAAUUUUCUACAAACUACCGAAGCACUCAUCCUGGUGAUCCGAUCGAUAAUGGGCUAGUGAUGCAUUCUGGACACCACCAACACCAGCAGCAUCAACCAAUAGUUUCUACCUCUCCACGAGUGGGAGGGCACGUCAAUUCCCCACAUCGAGGACAACACAUCCGCUACAAUCACCAAAAUUCCCCUGGAAAUAAUUGGUCCAUCAACAAUGGUGGGAAUGGACGGAAAUAUUCCGAAAAUGGUGAUCACUCCAACACGGGGUCUCUUAGGCGUCACCAUAACCAUCGUGGUGGUCAUGCUCCCUCUCCCUUGCUGCAAGGCAAUCAACCAUGGCAACGCAGCACGCUAACAAAUCGGCAGAACUCGCCCAACAACACGUUGAAUCGUCCCACAGGACCACGACACACCUACCCGUCGCGUCCAAUUGUAUCGCCCACGUCUCCUGCCGCCGCUUCUGUGACCUCUGCUGCAACCUCUCCCGUCGCCGAGGCGAGCAGCAAAGUCGCCGAAACAGCAGCAGUGCCAGUUGCUGAAAUGCACUCCCUCUCUCUCAAAUCCGCCGACACCUCCAAACCAACGUCAGCUGCUGCUCCUGUAGCCAAUGGCAAAAAGAAUGCGGAAGGCCUCACCGAGCCACCUUCUGCUGCUCCUGCCGCACUUCUUGACGUCGAGGCCAAGAAGAGGACUACGUCGACAACGACAAUGUCAAGGGAUGAGGCUGCCUCCUCAACCUCGUCCUCUUCGACAUCCUCUCUCACGAUUUCCAAGGUGAAGCAGCAGCAACAGCAGACGUCUGAUGUUCAGCAGCAGCGGCAGCACCACCAGCAUUCAACUCGACGUCGGGCUGCAACAACACAGGGCGGUUCGUCAGUGUCUGCAUCGACAACGGCAGCUGCCCUGCCCCUCUCCUCCUCCCUUCCCGCCACACGGGCGUCUGAGACUGCUUCGGUGGCUUCUUCCAGCUUCUGCAGCCUCGUAGACCAAGUGGACACGAUGUCGGCUGCAGAUCAAUACUUCACACCGGAGCCACCGUCUCCUUCCUCCAGCGCGUCGGCUUCCCUCUCAGUGGGAGUGUCGGAGACCUCUCAUCACUUUACUACCUUGGCUGCUGUCGAGAGUGCGUCUACGGAGUCUCCUCCGCUCCCCUCGCCUCCGCCUCUCGCGCCUGCUCCCGUUUCCUCCUCCGCCUUCGCUGCCACCGCCACCACCACCAACCGAUAA